AUGGAACAGAUUCUCAUGGCAAGUCAACUUCCUAUCGAUGCAUUCUCAAAUAAAACUCGGCAGUGCAUCGCAAAUCUUGUUGAUUUCUUCAGGAAAUCUAAAGAUGAACAAGAGCACCGAGCCGCCUACAUAAAUGGAGUAGAGCCAUACUCUCGUCUCGCUGCUGUUCUUGUUGUAUUGUUUGAGAGAGAUGGUGCACUGCGUGUGUUGGUCACAACCCGUGGAGAAAAACUGAAGACACACGGUGGUCAGACGUCUCUACCUGGUGGAAAGAUGGAUGCGGAGGAUAACAGAAACAUCAUCGCUACAGCUUACAGGGAAGCUUACGAGGAAGUUGCGCUGCCUAGAGACUGCCCCCACAUAUACACACUAGGAACUUUGGAUCUCCAUCCAUUUCACAAACUCGUUGUAACACCUGUUGUCGCUGUUUUGACAGAUGCUUCUGUACUAGACGAACUGGUACCCCGUGAAGGCGAAGUGGAUCACAUCUUUUCCCAUCCUGUUGAGGCCUUCCUGAAUCCUAGCCUUGCUGCCAAUCUUGAACCACUAGUGCCCCAUGGGAGCAAAUACUGGCCGCACGAAUCUAAAUACCAUCACUACAGUGACCAUGUAAUCAAAGAUUUAGGUGGGACAACCUACCGCUGGCAUUUCUUUCAAACAAGCGCGUCGCCUGUAACCGGGCUUACAGCUGAUGUCAUGAUACGAGUUGCCGAAAUUGCGUAUCAACGGGAGGCUGACUUUGAGCGAUACGCGUAUGAUCAAAUUCGCAGCUCACAGGCAUGGGUGGAGGCAUUCGAGGAAAAAUAUCAAAAAGCGUUAGCAUUGCACAUAGCCCCUGCCCUGGUUUAUCAGCCCAUCCCUUUCUGUCCGGAACCAUCACAGGCCCCCGCUGUGAAAUCAGUGCCCGCGAUGUUGUCAAUCCUCCUCAUCACUUUGGCAGCCUCGACGACGUUCGCUCAUGGCGAAAGCUCUCUGCAACGUAGAGCGGGUCAGACGUCUGCGGUGUGCACAUCGGACUUUUCGUGGAUGAAUAAUGAGCAUAGCGCAUCACCUUGUCAAGUGGUCGCACAGUUGAAUGCGAUAUGUAACGGCGGCAACUGGGUCAUUCCGGCCAUCAACGCUACAACCCACUACGACAAUCCCUCUAACGACCCCAAUAAUGAUACUGCAAGUUUCUGUACAUGUUCAUGGGCUUCUUAUAACCUUAUCAGUGCAUGCACUGUUUGCCAAAAUGCUGAUUUCCAGUUCAAGAUCUCAGUUUGGACAGAUUAUUCCUCAUUGUGCUCUGGGAAACUUUCAACGACGUGCGCUUCCAAUCACCUAUACUUUCCAUCCAACAUAACACUUCCAACUGAUCUAACUAUACCAUUCUGGGCGGGACAAGAUCCCACAACCUGGCCAAACGGGAGAUUCAAUCCCUCAAACGCGCAACAGAUAGCUAAUGAAAACCAUGCCGAUCUGGGUCAAGUCCCUCCACCUGCUCAGAAAAAGUCGUCGAACGUCGGUGCAAUCGUUGGCGGUGUGAUUGGAGGUUUGGUGGUCAUUGCUGCUGCGAUCGCAGCUGCACUUUAUCUCAUCCGUCGGCAACGCCAGUCCGCUCCCCCAGAGGGAACUCUUCCACUGUCCGACUCGUCUGGGCACAUGCGUUCAAUGUCUGAUGUAUCGGCGUCCACACGGGCUUACACUACUCUUUCAUCUACCCCCUUCAAGACACCUGCGAGCCCUACCAUUUUUACGCACAACACCAGUGUCCGAUCCGUCCCCUUCAUGAGCUCGGUAGCAGCUAGUACAGUACCUUACGGGACCGCUACACCUCCUCCCCUUGUCCGACCCACGGCUACCCCUCCUCCCGUAAACCGAGUCGAAGACGUUAUUGAGCCUUUCACGACGCUUCCACAGCAAACCAACUCUAGUCACGAUAGGAAGCAAUCGAACGGCAACGGGUUCCCUCUGUAUGACUCUCCCUCUGCACCCCCGGUUGGCGCUGCUAUGCACAUGGAGAUCACCCGACCUACAACCCCUAGCCAGGCCCAGAGGGUCGGCCGAUAUAAUCCCCCUGCCUAUGCGGAAUCAUCUGCAGGGAACGGCAAUCGGGCCGCCCACCAACGGAACCAGCCAUCGACCUCGGACGCCCAAUCGUUACACUCUCUCACUUCAAGCAGGCAUCAUGGGACACAACAUACGAUUGCACACAGUCCGAGCUCCAGUGGUUCUGGGAUCACUAAUAUUGUGGGACAAGCGUUUGCCGACAAUGAAGCUAGUGGAAGUGGUAUCAAUAGCUUGCCUGGAUAUGGCCGCCAAGUUGGUCCUUUUAGGGACGAAAAACGGAGGCCUCCGGAAGAUGGGAGUAUCAGUGCUCGCGACAUCGCCUAA